GCCUCCGGCCUCGGGGCCGCCCGGCCAGAGCAGCCUCGCAUAUCCCCCUCCCCACCUUCGCCUCUCCUGCUUCCUCCCCAUGCCGACAUGAGCCAACAGGGUCCCUUGGAACCCGGGGCCUCGGGGCUUCGUGUGCCUGGCAGCAGCUCCCACGCCUCCUCCCCGCAGUACUCCCAGGUGUCCAACGAGCAGCUGGCCCAGGCUCUUCAUUCAAUCUCCAAUCGCCUUGCGCGUGUGGCCCACCUCUUGGACCAGACCUCGACGGGGGUUGAUCUCCUGCUGAAUACCCAGCGCGCAUUGGAUACCGCCGUUUACGAGCCGAUGACGCUGGCCCUGCUGGCCGCAUCCCAUGCAGCCGAGCACAGCGGCACCUGAUGGCCCAAUCUGGUGCACGUGCACCGACCAGCGCACAGCAAUACAGUUCCCGCGGCGCGGGUCGGCUCCCCUCUGUUCUC